AUGGCUCUGAAACACGGAGCUGUAAAGUACAUGGAGGUAUCAGCCCUGAGGAACGAGGGUGUGGCAGAACUGUUUAGUGAGAAGAUGGCAACGGGUAAUGACAUAGACAUAAAAUGUGUAGUUGUUGGAAAUUAUGAAGCAGGGAAAACAUGUGCAUUGAUUACUCUUACUACUGACUUCCAACUAGACUGGGGACCUGAACUGUACGUUCCUACGGUUAUGCAUGAUUUUAAGAAGAGGGGCGAAUUAGAUAAUACACCUUUAUGUGUUGAAUUCUGGGACACUAAAGGACUUGAAGAGUACAGUCGACUACGUCCUUUAGCCUAUCCCGAUUCUCAUGUGUUUCUUUUGUUUUUCGAUAUCACCGAUAAUAAAGAUAGUUUUGAGGAAAUGUUUUCCUUUUGGUGGUCAGAAAUCAGACGGUUUAGCUCCGACGUUCCUAUCAUUCUUGUCGGAUCAAAAAUAGACUUGAGAUACAAUGGUCUUGUUACUAUUUCAACUGUUGAAGGUGAGGCAAUGGCUAAGAAGAUUGGGGCUGCAAAAUACAUGGAAAUAUCCUCUUUACUGGAUAAAGGUUUGACUGAGUUGUUUGAAGCAGUUGCCAGUAUUGGUUAUCAUUACAAGAGGAAGAAGACAGCGAGGAUGACGAAAACUAAAUGUAACGUUUUGUAA